UCUGCAACGGGUGGACCGGCAACUCGUGCUUACGUGCUUAACCCUUCGCGAACCUAUUACAACCCUUUAUUGACAUACCAAUCACGCGACAUCUGAAUAAAAAGUUUUCCUGGUCUGUUUAAAAAAAUGUGACAAAAGUCUGUUGUAUUUUUUCUGUGAGGUGGUGCGAACACAUUAAUGUGAGGAGUAUUGUCUCCUCGGCGACCAGAUGAUCAGUUUUAGUGUUAUCGGGAGCGACAGAAGGUCACAAAAAUUGCUCCCCACGGCAGUCCAGCUCGCGCGUACAUCGCCUACCACAAGCUCGGGACAGGCAUGGAGGCCCAGACCGCCACGCCGCAAACCGAGUGCGAAUGUGGUGUGCACCCCUCAGUCUUCUAUCUACUGGCCACCUUGCUCCUCACCAGCUGCUCGACGGCGAUGCUAUGUGCGGCCAUCAUGACAGAGCAUUGGGAGCACGUGGUGUGGGAGCAUGCUGCCCUGGCCGCGCUCGCCAAUGCAUCCAACACGGCACUGCAAUGGCUACUCGACGAGAAAGUCGCAAAGAUCGAAGACACAAGUAAUCGGAAAGGCGGGGGGACUUUUCUAGUGCCGAUGAAUGGAGGAAUUUGGACGAUGUGUGUGUCUCUAGAAGAGGAAGAGGUAUCGAUAUUGUCCAGGGCUGGGUUCCCCUCGCAGCCAGUAUGCACAAAUUAUUUAGCCAACAGCGACGAUGAAGAGCCCAGAGCCGAUUGGCAGCAUCGUAUGCAGAAUCUAUCCAUAUCAUGCGCUCUAGUCUGCCUGAUAGUGCUAGGCAGCGCCGCUCUGGUCGGCGCCUUCGGCAUUUGCAAGCAUCAGAUCAGCGCUGUACUUAUUACUGGCGUUAUGUAUUUGUUAGCUGGUCUUUUCGCAAUGUUCACCCUAAUGAUCAUUCACUUCAAACGCGUCCAACGCGUCUCCGCCCGCGGCAGUUCUCACGCAGACGGCACGGGCGACGGCGUCGUAGGACCCCGGGGACCCGCACUCUCCCUCCUCUCGGCCCGAGAGUUCUCUACCGCCUGGUCUCUCGAACUCGGCUGGGGAGGAGUGGCUUUGGCAACUACGACGUCGUUACUGUGGAUACUGCUGUCCAAGAUUAUGAGGUACAACCCUAUAUCUGCCAUGCUGUUGUAAAGUUGUUGGGCAUAGUACCUACACAGGUGCAAGUCACAGCCUUUUUGCACUGGCGGAUUUUCCGCGCGGAACCGCUGGGUUCGUACAGACGAAUUUGCUCGGCUUUUCCGCUCGUAAAAUUAGCCAGUGUGAAAUGGCUGUAAAUAUCAUAUAGGUACCUACAGUCCACGUCAAAUAAUAUUGGUCCUUUGAAUUUGGUUGUAGUGACCGCUCAGCAAUGAAAAUGUAUGAACGAACAAUUCUAAUCACACGUGAAGGCAGUGAGUGGUGGAGUUCAAAGAGGCAAAGUAUUUGACGUGAACUGUACCUAUAAAUCAUAGUUAGGCACACGACAACUGUGGGAUGUGAACAGAUCUAGAUCGAUUGAAAUCUUCCCUAGAUUUUCUUUCUCAAACAAGUCAUAGUCAAUUACCAAUUUUAAGGUUUUCAAAUAUUGCGUAGCAGGAAUAACUGUAACAGGGAAGAUCUCAUUUGACAUUCAUCUAAUGUGAAAUACUAAGAAAUAAUUAAAAAUAACUCACAGAGAUAUUAUUUGCUACCUCCAACGCUUCGUAGAAACACAAUCGUUACCUCCCGUUUCUUGAUCUCUUUACAUUCUUAACAGCUACGAAGCUGACUUUUCCUCCAAUGUUACGCUUUGAAUUUGAAUAAGCUUUAGAUAAUCGCAGAGCUUGCUGCCGUCCAUUGCAACUAAUGUUAUUGUUAUACUUCUUCUUUCUACGACUGUACUUUACGCAUUUCACGACCUACCUUUUUAUGAUUGUAUUUUAAAAUUAUACAAUACCUUUUAUUCACGUUUUUUUUUAAGCUUUCGCUCUAUCUACCUAUUCUUCAGAAAUAUGAAAUUUUAGAAGCUUUCAUCCUCAGUAAAAGUUCUCUACAGUAAAUUAAAUCAAGAUAAUAAAUUCUAGGUAAAUAGUAACAUUGUUCAAGAUGUGAGCUCCCGGCCUAAGAUAACAUUUCAAUAUUUCACUGUUGUUAGCUGUAGAAACACGGUACCUACCUAAAACAAAAAUAGUUUCAGAUAUUAAAAUAAUAAUUUUAAAGCUAAAUAUUAUUUUAAAAAUAAUAUAUAGUGUUUUAAGAGUUAUGGUGCUUUGAGUAUCAAGAAAAAUAUUAUAAUUAUCUAAUUUAAUUGUGUAUUUUAUAAUUAAAUAUUAAAAUUAAGUUUCACGUUGUGUUGUUUUUGAACACAUAAUGAUAACCUCUUAUAUACACAUACGAAUUAAAUAUCUACACAGAAUAAUAUUCGUGUCUAUGGUGUAAGUAAAAUUUGUAUAAAAAUGGCUACCACCCGAUUCUGGUAUCACCGACGCACAUUUUCUUUAUAAGAAAGAGGUUUUUCCACUUUAUUAUAUAAUUUAUUUUUAAGAUAUUAAUAUUAUUAUAUUCGUAAUAGGCUAAGAGCCAGUUUCACCACUUCUGGAAUAGAUUAUCAAAAUUAAUUCGGAGUACAAUCUUUAAAAUUAUCUUACAGGUAAGUUUCAACUGGUACUUGCCCAGAGGUGGUGAAAACAGCCAUAAGGGUAAUUAUUGAAGUGUAUAGUUUAAUUAUACCAAGAAAAUAGCCUCUUAGAAUGAGUGGGCCUACCCUUAAAAAUUUGUUUAAGAAAUUUUGAAACAUGUAAAAAAUAUUCACGUAAAAUUGCUCGGGAUUAUUAUUAUUAGUAUAAAUUAUAGUUUAUUUAAGAAAACCCUACUAAAUGUGUAAGCAACGCAUUUGUUGAUGAAAUAAUAUUAAAACUAUGCUUGGAAGCACAUUUUGUAAAAAGCAUCGUUCCCAUUGUAAUGUUAAUUCAUUUCAAUGAAUGUUGUUCGUUCGGUGUUUUUGUUAAUUGUUCUUUUAUACUUUGAAUGCAUAAAGCAAUAUAUUUAUUUUGAUUAUA